GAGAGAGAGGGAGACACAGAAACUGAAGCAGGCUCCAGGCUCCGAGCUGUCAGCACAGAGCCCGACGCAGGGCUCGACCUUACAAACCGCGAGAUCGUGACCUGAGCCGAAGUCGAACACAAACCGACUGAGCCUCCCAGGCGCCCCAAUUUGUAGGAUUUUUGAAAACUUUUCAACAGUAAAAUCAGCAGUAGUUUAUGGCUUUCCAAAAGGAGCUGGAGUGGGCCUAUCUCAAACUUUCUGAGCGUGAAGUUUCUUGAUAAAGCAUUUUCUAGAGGAAGAAUGUUCUAUGGGACAUAUUUGGGAAGCAUUGUUCUAAAGGCAUCUAGGGGAGGCCGUGAUGCUGGCGAGGAGCAGGUGGUGGGGUGGGCACUAAGCUGACAGAGUGGAGAGCGUCACGAUCUGGUCUCUGCACACGCCAGGCCGAACACGGUGGUCACGAGAACAGCGAAAGACUCCUACUCUGGGUAGUAACCGGCUAUCCUGGGCCUCUUGAGUGCUGGCCCUUCCCACCUCCACCCUACACCUGGCCCUUGGCCGGCACUCCCCAGACCUCUCCUCUCUCCAGAGCUAAAAGGUUAGUACGUGGUUCAGCAGGGGCCCCUUCCGUAGGACCUCGUUCCAGCACGGUGGGCUCUGUCUUUUCUGGUUGGUUGUUGACUGUGAUGCCCAAGUUGCUAACAUUUUGCAUAUGUCGUCCUGGGUGUGAGGGAAGCAACAGGGGAAAGUAAAUGACAAAGAGUCUAAAACUUGUAGUCAGAAAUAUCCUUACACUCAGACUGUUCAGGCUUUUCUCGUAUACCAGGCUCCCAUUUGUUGGCUGGCACGAGACUUAACAUAUUCACACUGAUUUAAGACAGUAAUAAUACACUACUGGGUAUAACUGCUCUUUGAAGAACCAGCCAAAUGCUGAGCUUUACACUGUAUAUUAAAAGUUGGCAGAACAGAGUUUUGGCAGUUCAAAGGAAGAAGACUAUUCCCACAGUUAGUUCCUUUCAGAGCCGAGGCCAUGGAAGUCUCUGGUGGAUCUAGUCAUUUGAUUGGACGUGACCACGACCACGACCGUGACCGUGGGCCCGUCCAUGGGGGGUUAUCUCUUGGAAGCGGUCUCUGGAGUGUGGUGACAGCCAGCCCAUCCCCAUCUGCUUCCGUCCCACUCACAUUGGCGAGGUUUGGGAUGGAAACGGCGUCUGGCAGACCCGUGUUCGUAAAGAAGAGCUGGCGGUAGGUAAGUCACACCUGCCGAGGGAACGCCAGCCGCCAGCUGAACGAAGGUGAGAAAAUAUACGGCUGUCAUGAAAGAUCAGGAAGAUUAGCGUGUUCAUGGAAAUUUGAAAUGGGUAUUUUCAGGGGGUAUUUCUGUUGCUCACUUGGUUAGUUCCCAUAAACUGAUUAAUAGGAAAUUCUAAUGUUUGUUUCCAUGUUUACUAAUUAUAAAAGAAACCACUACGGUAUUCUUUCAGGGGCUUCGAUGGGAAAAUUUGAAUAAAUGUCCAAAGCCAUAAGAACCUUGAUUUUUAUCAGAUGAUGCAGAACGAGACAUGUUGAACGUCACCUGCUGGCGGGAGAAAUAAUGAGUCGAACUUGCUUGAAAUAUGUGUGAGGUUCUCAGUUGUGAUCAUGGGUAAUAAAUAAUGAUUGAAUAACCCCAAUCUGAGGCUGACUUGAAUUAUGAAUUAGUUAUUUAUUUUUACCCACGCAAUAGUAUCGAGCAAGUGAACAGUCUACGGGAGAUACAAGCACUGAGGCGCCUGAACCCACACCCGAACAUCCUCACGUUGCACGAAGUGGUUUUAAGUGAGGUAUGUACCGUUGGUAACUGUCUUUGGCUACUUCCUUGGCCGCACAGGGAGAAGACACCCAUUACCGGAGAAGAGAAUUACGUGCUAUAUGUACCAGUUAUGUAAAUCCCUUGAUCACAUGCACAGAAAUGGAAUAUUUCACAGAGAUGUGAAACCAGAAAAUAUAUUAAUAAAGCAGGACGUCCUGAAAUUAGGGGACUUUGGGUCCUGCCGGAGCGUCUACUCCAAGCAGCCGUAUACCGAGUACAUCUCCACGCGCUGGUACCGCGCCCCGGAGUGCCUCCUCACCGACGGCUUCUACACCUACAAGAUGGAUCUGUGGAGUGCAGGCUGUGUGUUCUACGAGAUCGCCAGCCUUCAGCCCCUCUUCCCCGGAGCCAACGAGCUGGACCAGAUCUCAAAAAUCCACGACGUCAUCGGCACACCUGCGGAGAAGACUCUCACCAAGUUCAAACAGUCGAGAGCUAUGAGUUUUGAUUUUCCUUUUAAAAAGGGAUCAGGAAUACCUCUACUGACAGCCAAUUUGUCCCCGAAAUGCCUCUCCCUCCUGCACGCGAUGGUGGCCUACGACCCCGACGAGAGAAUCACUGCCCAUCAGGCCCUGCAGCACCCCUACUUCCAGGACCAGAGGGCAGUGGAGAAGCAGGCUCUGGCCAGCCACAGGAAGUCCGUCUUCUCAGAGUGCCCCGUGGCUCCGGAACUGCUCCUUAACGGCUGGCAGAUUUCAAAGGAGGGCAGGAAACAGAAACCGUCCCUAAAGCCAGAGGAGGACCCUCCCACGAGACAGGGACCCGCCUGCCUGAUGCAACUGCCCAAACUGAAGCUUUCGGGAGUGACCGAACUGGCCUCGUACCCCAGCCCCGCGCUGCACUCCGUGUUCGGACCCGGAGCGAACAGCAAAGUCCCGGUGCCGAGGCCCCUGAAGUUUGUCGGCACAAACCAGAAGGCAGACCCGCAGAAGGACGUGAAGCCUAACCUGAAACAGUGUCGUCUGCCCUCGAUAGGGAGGAGAGGCGGCCGCUACUGAGCAGCGCACGCCGGUCGCCUGCCGGGGGCGUGGAACCAGGUGCGGCCCGGCCGCCGCGAUCGCCUCUGAGCCUUGGGUGGAGGGCUCCGGGGAGAGCCCCGUCCCCCUCGCGGAGCCUGGCGCCCCGAGAGCGUUGCCCCGCUGGCCAGCCGGAGCCCGGGAUCUGCACCCCGAGGGCGGCUGUGCUGUGUUCCUGCCGAAUACGUUCGUCAGACCACCUCAUUCGGGGCUUUGGUUUCAUUCUUGUAACGUUUUGUAAGCAUAUUUGGGCAAUUUCUUUUGUUGGGAAGACCGGUACGGCUUAAUUUUGUUGCGCUUGAAAAGCCCGUAAGGAGUAAACGCAGGCCUGGCCUGGGUGCCGAGGCAGGGAGGCCGCCCAGCAGGAGGCUCGUCGGCGCAGGCUUCACAGCUUCCUCCCGUGAGUAGAGCGCGCUGCUCCCCGUGUGGGAACGAUGCCUUCUUUCUUCGUCCCCACAGACUUACGACGUUAAAAAAAAAAAAAAAAAGAAAAAGCAAAUUUCCCAGGUUAGUUUCACUCUUCUUGUUCCCUCUUUUGAGACAAGUCUGUGACAGGCUGGUCAUCGUCAGGGAGGUAGAGUGGGGAGUGGGGACCCUGGAGCUGCGUCACCGGCUCAGCCCAGGCUAGCGCAGGGCCAGCUGGCCUUGACGACUCUCGACUCGGCACGGAGGCCCUGCCGCCCCCUGCUGGGCACGGUGACCAGCCCUGUCACUUGGGGGGCUGGGAAUCUAGUCACCACGCGGUCAAAUCUCUUGGUCACGUCCUCUCCGGUGGCCGCCACCUCUGGACCCGAGUCACAGGUGGUGGAGCAGGGACCGGCCUCACAGGACAGUCGGCAGGUGGACGCGGCAGCCGCGGGAGGGGCGGGGGUGCGAGGCAGGGGGGGUGCGGGCCGAAGGGGGGCAGAGGUGCCCAGGAAGGGCAGAGUCAAGACCAGAAACAAGACUUGGGGGAUGUUGAGAGCUGGGUGCACAUGGCGAGGGGUUGAAAAGAGCUUCCUUUGACCCCAUUUAACACUCUGGCGGGCUGUCCGAUGCCCUGCUGUGCGGGCGGGCAGGGCACCGUUCUGCCUCUGCGGGAGGAUCCGGGAGUUCCGAGGCCCGAGGGAGCUGAGGCAGGGAGGCCGGGGAGACGGGAGCGGGCGCCGGGAUCGCAGAGGGCCCGGCUGUGGGUGACAGACCCGAGGGCUCCCUGGAGCCCUCGACCAGAGCAAAGGAAGAAGGGACAGAAUGGUGGAAGCAGGACCACCGGCGGGCCACCCGGGCCCUGCCCAGGGAGCCCCGAACCCUGGGGUGCAGGUGCUUCUGGUGUGCGGGUGAGGGUCCGUGACGUUCCUCGGAGGGCGCGAGGGCAGGUCUGCCACCGGCAGCGGGAGGUCAGUGGGACGCAGACCCACACCCGUUCGCCUCCUACGGAUGGAACUCGCUUUGCCGUGAUGGACAGCAGAGGCACCGGGGAAAGACUGCCGCUCAAACAAAAAUUCAACGUCAAGCUCACCUUCUCUCUGUACGCCGUGCUUUAGUUUAAAGGUUACUGGGGGUCAAAGAGAAAGAUGGAGAACACACACAGGCCCCCAACAGAGACCAGACCACUCUCAGGAGGGAGGCCAGCUGCCAUCAUCACAUAAGAACAGUUUGGGGCGCAUCCCGGGCGGGGGGGGCUCCCCGGACCCGCCAUCCGUGGCAGACGCACAGUGGCCCUGCCGCCCGCUCUGCCUGCUCCCGAGGCCGGCUUGCACUUUACUGCGUCCUCACUGGUUAUUUUCACGGGGAGGGGACAGCAAAGACCAGGCCCGGUUUAGAGACAGCCGUGCCCGUCUGGCCUGCCCGACGACCUUGCCGUGUCAGUGUCCUCAGCGGUGUGGGGACCAGUUUCACGAACAGCAAGUCUGCCCCGGCCCAGACCCUGCGAAUCUGCCUAACACCCUAUCAGGCCCCAGGAAGGAAGCGGUUACCGGAAUAGUGACAAUCCGGAGUCUAAUAUUUACUAGGCUGUCCCGCCAUCACCAGACUUGCCGUUUUAUUGCCGCUAGAGAUCUCACUUGAAAAUUAAACGAGGAGAUACUCCAGCUCUUGGUCACACAGAGACUAAGAGGCAGAUGCCAUUUAUAAAUUGAUGUCCUUCUACAGAUGGCACGGGCACAGUGAGAAAUCUCAGCAGGCUAACUUCUUCCAGAACGCCCGAGCCACACACCCCUCUUGCCUGACCCUCCACGAGACCCUCACGGCUCGCAUGACCCAAGCGCUGCAUGAAGAGCCCGUGGAAGCCUGGCGGAGCCGAAGCCCCAGACCGCACGGCCAGGGUCAGGGGUGGGCACAGCACAGCCCUGAUUCCCCGCAAGGGUGACCCCCCCCCGAACGGCCCCCCCCAGGGCCCCUCGUGGCCCCCGACCCACUGCUCACUUUGGGCCUGGGGCCUUGGCUCCUGCUGGGCAGUAAACAGACCCUGUCCCUGUGGUAGCCUUGACCUGCCCAACGACAGGUCACAUCGGGGGUGACAAUUUCCCCCAGGGAGACCACUCGGCCUGAUGCCUCAAGAGAAACUCACCCGGAGAAAAUGAUGCUCUUUUCAGACAUCCAGGCAAAAGGCUUUCUUGGGGCACAAGCAUGUCGGGGCAGCUCAGAACUCUGCCUGGGGAAAAAGCACCCCCUUCCUAUGGCAGGAGGAGGGGACGCUCUCGUGUACCCUAAAAGCGCCUCUGGCUGGAGUCGCUUCAAGAGGGUCUCAGCCACCCUGGCCCCCACCCAGAGCGAGAUGCUGGUCUGGAGGCCACCAGCACUCAAGGAGGGGAGGGGACUGGGUGCCUCCAGAGGCUCUGUCCCUUGCAGGAGACCACGGGUCCACAAUCAACGGUUUCUUCCCACAGGCAGACACACGGGAGGAUGGAGUAUUUUUUCAAGGCACAGACUAUUUUUAAAAGAUUAAAAUGUCGUGUGUGUCUUUCUCAACUUGCUGUCGACCUCGCAGCGUUUAGGGCCGAAAAGCUACUCCCCGCUAAGGGAAAAACAUGCUGUUGCUGUGGCGGGAGAUCAGGUCGGCCGCUGUGAGGGCGGACGAGCGACAGGCUCGUCUGCGCUGGCAGCUUAGCGUGAGAGGCGAAGUGCACGACCCUUCGCGCCGGGCGCUCGGGAGGACGGCACUGUCAGAGGGUUCGGGGUCCAGCCCCCGGAGCACGCGGAGAGGCAGCCCGGAGGGAGCUCCAGGCCCGAACGUCUCCUGUCAAGGAGCAGCCCCAGGGCCCGACCAGGUGACCUCCCACAGCCUUGCAGAUCCAGGCUGGAGUCCGGCCUCGAGGGGCUCAGGGCCAGAGAGGCCGGGGUGCUGCUGGGGGGCCGGGGGCGGGGGGAGGACGCCUCCCUGCAGGACGAGGCGAACCGCUGACUCUUCCCACCCCACGUGGGCCGGGUGUCUCCAGAAGGACGGCUCCACGGCGGCCACGAGGCCUCAGGCGGGCCAUGUGAGACGAGGAGGAAGACGAGGACAGCCCGGGACAGGAGCUCCUCCAGGAGCCGGCCCGCCUCGGUGCCCCCAGCUAACUGGCCAGGGGACCCAACGGGACGCCCGACGCCGAGCCGCUGGCGGCCCAGGCCGCCCCCUCGCGCGUCCGCGCCGUCGCCGAGAACCUUCACCCGGCGCGGCCGAGGAGUCCGUCGGCAGCCCUCGCCCAGACGGCACCGUCGGCACCUCUGCCGCUCGGAGCAGUGAGUCUCCAGUCACAAGGACGCAGAACUGGGCGGAAGUGUGGGAACUCCCGUGGCUGUUGGCGCUCUCGCCAUGAACAAGCACCGAGAAGCUUCCUUCUCCGGCCAGCUGGGACUGCCGUACAGCCUUGCUGUGGAAGUGACCACUGGAAACUGUCCACGCGUCCGGUGUUGGCACGCGUUUAUGGACAGAGGGCCCCCGAGCGCCUGGGGACACCCGUGGGCGGGGAGGCCCCGGCUGCGACGGGGACGAGGGAACAGCUAAGACCCAAGACAGUGCCACACAAACACCGUUUUCUUAACAUGAGAAAUCACCAAUACUGCCAUGAAAGCCUCAUUAAUUACUGUAACAGUUAAGAACUUAACUUACCAGCAUGUCAUGUUAGGAAGGCUCUUCAUCAAAUUUAUUUGUCAAGAAGUUAGAUGAAAACGUAACAAAGGACACAAAUUUCACUUCUGAUUUUCAUUAAACGUAAAUAAUCAUACAGUUUUAUACGAUGCCACCUAACACAGCAGUCCUUAAUAAACUUAGGUAUACAGAAAUAAAAAACGCA